AUGCACUCCCCUGUUGCGCAACCAAAGCUGCGCGACCAAGAUCUUACCCCCUUAGUUGGUCAGCCUAACGCUGCCUCUGCGUGCAUGGUCUCUUGCAGCAUGGAAACCUCGUCUUCACCGCCUUCGAGGCCGUUACGCAAACGAAAGGCAGUCGAGUACGGCGAGGAUGAUUAUGAUGAUGCGGCGGCUGAGUCUCGGUUGCCGAAAAAGGCGAAGAAGGCUUCGGGAACAGUUGAAGUAGAGUGCACAGCACCGAAGAGAACGCGCAAGAAGAGGACCCAGGGCGACAGCGAUACACCGUCUGUAGAGAAGCGCCUCCGCCGACACCGCGCACGAGCGCCAGCCAGCUAUCUUGAAGUCAAGGGACGUGCCCUCACACAACGUCUUACAGUCCUCUCGCGCGAACGAUGCGGUACUGACGAGCUCCCGGAGGAGAAAGUGGUCAUCGCCGGCUCCACCGGAAAUCUUUAUCAAGUUCACGUGAACCUCGUACCUAGCUGCGACUGCCCACAUGCGAAGAAAGGAAAUCAGUGCAAGCACAUUGUCUACGUUAUGCUCCGAGUUCUGAAGGCGCGAGAAGACGUUGCAUACCAGCUAGCUCUCAUCAGCAGCGAACUACGUCAUCUUAUUGAGAAUGCGCCACUCAUUCCCGGCGUUGAGACUGACGGCAAGGACAAGCCUGGUGAAGAUCAAGACGGUAACCGCAAACCCAUUGAGGGCGAAUGUCCAAUCUGCUACGACGAACUCGAUUCGAAGAACGACGUUAUCGUGUAUUGCAAGGCUAGCUGUGGGAACAAUGUACACAAGGCUUGCAUGCAGUCCUGGAUCCAGGUAGCAGCAAGAGGGAAAGCGACGUGUCCGUAUUGUCGAGCAACGUGGGACACAGAAGAGGGACUCGAUGGUAAAAUGGGUACUAUCGAUACAAAGGGGUUGCAAAGGAACGAAGAUGGAUAUCUCAAUGCCGCAGGUCUGCUUGGAUUAAGCGGCGAACGAGACUAUUCGUCUUACCACCAAUUCUGGGUAAGGCGACAGCUCGGUCGUGGAUGGCAAGGUGGUCUUUGA